AUGGAAAGGGUUCGCUUGGACCUAGCGACAUUUGUGCGCAGUACGACAACGAAACCCUUGGACAAGAUCUUCAAGGCUGUGGGCGUACUGUGCUGGGCUUUGACGUACGCGUGCGUCGUAUACGUCAACUUUACGCAAAAGACGAGUCUCAUCCGGCGCGAUGUCGUGGCGUACAACUUUACUUGGGAGAUUUUCCGUACCUUUCUGUGGAACGACAACGACGAGAGGCUGCUCACCAUGAUCAUUGGGAUAGGGUGGACUGUCCUGGACGCCCUCAUCGUGGCUGCCAUUUUCCUGUACGGCGACGGAACUGAUAAUGUUGGCAUUCCCGAGCAGCGAGCGCAAUUUGCAGCAUGGUCCGCCUUCUACAUUACGUUGAGCAUGGUGAUGCAGAAUGCCGGGCCAGAAUACGCACGAGUUUGGCGACACGCCUCGUACUGGUGGGCCAUUCUAGUCAACAUGUCCAUCACGCGCCAUUCAUUUGCAUACUCGACUGAAAAUCCAUUCAUUGGGGUCAUGGCUUGGUGCAACUUUGUUGGCAAUGCCACGUACUUGUACUCAUGCUGGGGCUUGUACCAGUCGUGGUACUACCCUAUGAAGCACCCCGUUCGCUUCUUCAUGGUAGCGACGUGUUUUAUUCCGGCGCUCCUCAACAACCUUGUCUUUAUUGUCGACGCUAGACUUUACAUGACUACAACGACGUCAAAAGCUUAG